ACGGUCGACAACUCCGACUCAGCCUUGGAGAGUUGACGAAUCCGUCCCGUUGUCAAAUACUCACAAAACUGAAGAAACAGCAAGAUGUCGACCUACGUCAGUUCGGAUUCUCGCCGGGUUUGCCCGACCCUCCAUGGUAACAGAUUUGACACCGCUCACCGCAAGCGUGCCGUGGCGAACAUCUUCGAGAAUGUCAACCAGGACGCGCUGAUGCGACUGUUCCAGAAAACGGGCGACAUGAAAGCCGAGGAGAGAGUCAGGAGCAUCUUCUCCUUUGCACAAGACCCUGAGGAGACGGCUAAAGCGCUGAUGGCUCUAAAGCAGAGAAAGAAGGAUAAAUUUCUGCAAAUUGCCGGCAUGGUUCGAAACUUCCUCAAACUGCGUUGACUGUUUUUACCUGGGCUCUUACGAGAGUCAUUGGAGCACAACCGCUGACAGGUUGGACAAACGAACCUGACAAACGAAGGAGACCUGUUCUAGAACAGGACAAAGUUGUCAUGGGGAUGAAUCGAAACUUCUCACCUUGGAUGUUUCAAGCUGUUACAAAGGGCUACAACAGCGAUGCUAUCCGCCAUCAACUGGUCGCCCGAACAACGACAGAACGCACAGCAUUGCGCUGUGAUGCGACGAGAUGAAGGAGAUGUUUCAUGAAGGAGCGUCUGAAGUGAUAGGGAAAGCAGUCAAGGAUUCCCGCACUGCAUUCAAGGACACAAUAAAUAUGUCUUAAAAGACUCAUUUGCAUUUUAAAAAUGCGUUAUCACUACCGCACCGUUUAGGUGCACAAGAAAGGACCUUGACAAGAGACUCGUGCCGAAAAGAAAAAAAAAAAAAAAUAACCUGAAAAUGUUUGUAUCACUUGCCUUGUCACUGUACCAGUUUGACUUUUGUGAUAAACUGCUUUAACACUUGACUUACGUCCACUAAUUUAUUGUUUUUUGU